AUGUACCAUCGUUGUAACGCUCAGCUAAUCAAUGGCAUGAGCUGGCCUGGCAUACCGCAGACAUCUGUCCCACGUGGCUUUAAUUCAGACGUCAAGAACCUGGGAUUUCUCAGCAUUGAUGUUGAUCAUUUCAGAGUAGAAAAUGGUGUAAUCCAACGAGUCGAAGUUGGUGUGUCUUACCUCAAAGCACAAGCUCUAGAAGAAUUACAUGGUAAAUCUACACAAGGUGACGACUUGGCAUCCCAUGUUAUCAAAUCCUACCAUUUGGUGUUUGGCUCCAAAGUUGCAUUCUCAUGGAAAAAUUAUCACUUCCUACUCGGCAAGACAAGGCCGAUCAAGAUAACGGACUUGGGAACGUUCCUGAACGGGUUCACCAGAAAACCCUAUGUUCUUGUUGUUCACGGGGGAUGGCAAGAGUUGUCGCUGCUUUCACUGCUGAACAUAAAGCUUGAACCCGUGUUUGUUAUCGACACCGUCAAAGCAGCUCAGUUCCCGCUACAGUUGUGGUAUAGAAACAGUCUCAAGGAGCUGCUGAAGGAGUCUGGUAUUCCCUACUCGCACCUUCACAUAGCUGGGAACGAUGCACAUCUCACGCUUCGAGUGUUUCUCAUGAUAGCUGUCAGAGACGUGGAGAUCCAGUUAGAAGGGGAGAAUCUCCCCGACUGGAUUCCGAUCUUGAAAGCUGUCGCCCGGUCUCCAUUACCCCCAAGACCUCUGACCAAGCACGAGAUAACUGAAGCUGAACGACAUACAACGAUCGAAGCAAAAGAAGCAUGA